GUUCACACAACGCUCACAGUCCGGUUCUGGCAACCAGAAUCGGCCAAUUCAUGGCGGGGUGACAACGCACACUGGCGGCUCCGUUCUGUUUGCUGCACAUGCGAAACGGAUGGCUGCGUCUCUUGGACGUGAGCCGAGCCCGAUGGAGCUGUUUGUGGAGACGCACGUGCGGAGUCAAGACCGCCAGAAGGGGGCGCAACAGUUCGUUGAUAACCGUGCUCAGCAUUUCGUGGAGACCUAUAAUAAUCGGUUGAGGGAGAGAUACGGGGACGAUACUUUGACCCAUCUGGAAUUCGAUCCGGAUUUGUGGAUGGAGGUUGGCUCGUCAGGUGGACCCGAUAAAAAUCGGGUUUACGGGCUCUCCAACACUACGGCCGACAACUUGCGGUCGACCCGUAGUGUUUCAACCGUUGGGAGCUCCCAAUCAAUAUCGAGCUUCCAAUCUAAGGAGUUCGUGGCUUUGCAGCAACUCACCGAGAAAUACGAUAACCUAAAAGCGAAGUACACACAACUCAAAGCGGAACAAAGAGCAGAGUCUGAGCAACUCAAAGCGUCUCAAGCACAACAAAAAGCGGAGUAUGAAGCGGCUCAUGAACAACAAAAAGCGGCUUAUGAACAGCUCCACGAAAUGAUUAUGAAAUUGUCAAAUAGCGGAACAUGUGCGCCUAAUCUUUUUUGGCCGUAUAACCACCAGCCUCCGCCAGGAUCUCCUCCUCCUCCUCCAGCUCCAUCAUCUUUAUAUUAAUUUGUA